UGCAACAUUUCUGGAUAAACUCAAGGUCACAUCAAUCUAAUGUCAAGGCCUCGGGAAAGAUGGUGACAAAUGAACACAGCUACACAUCCAUGUGGUCCCCAUGCAGCAGACAAUCAGGAAAUUAAGGGAAUCGUCGCAAGAGCAGGUAAGACCAAGAAUAAGCUUCUGCCAAAGAUGACUCGAGUGCAAGAAGGCUUGUUUUGUUAAAGGGUCACUUCAAAGGUUGAGGUGAAUCAUUUGAUCAGACCAACGAUAUGGCAGAGGAGGUGAAACUGUUCAGGACAUGGUCGAGCCCGUAUGCUUUGAGGAUCGUUUGGGCACUGCAGCUCAAGGGCGUUCAAUACGAAACCGUCCUGGAAGAUGUCUUCGAAAAAAGCGAACUUGUUCGUCGGUAUAACCCGGUUCAUAAGAAGGUACCGGUGCUUCUCCACGAUGGAAGACCGAUCGCGGAGUCCCUGAUAAUUCUCGAGUACAUCGAUGAGACAUGGAAGCAACACCCGCUUCUCCCGCAGGAUCCUUAUGCGAGGGCCAUGGCGCGAUUCUGGGCCCAAUUCGGCGACGACAAGGUUAUAAAAUCAGUAUUGACUGCUUUUCUAAGUGAAGGCAAAGAGCAAGAAGCAGCUCUUGCAGAGGCAAGUGAGCACCUGCAGAAGCUGGAAGAAGAGCUUAUAGGGAAAAAAUUCUUCGGCGGAGACAACAUUGGAUAUGUGGACAUCGCACUUGGAUGGUUGGCCAAUCUAAUCAGGGUCUUUGAGGAGAUAUUAAGCCUCAAAGUGGUAGAUUGUGAGAGGUUUCCACUUCUAUUUGCAUGGUUAAAGGAAUUCUCAGAUGCUCCAGUAAUCAAAGAUUGCUGGCCACCCCAUGACAAGCUCAUCUCCAAGUUUAUUGCUCUUCGUCAACUGCAUCACGAGAAAUCGUCGUCGACUUGACCUAUUUCCUUUUGUUGGAGGUUGUUAAGACUCGUGUUACAGUCAAUUUUCGUCUUCAUAUUCCAGAAUGAUAUGCUGUGCUUGCUUACUGAUCUUUUGAAUCAGUUUUCCCUUCGACUAUGAAAGAGUUUGCUAUCCCA